AUGGAAUAUAACCUGUCGAGCGGGGUUUUGACCGACUCGGACGCUCCCGAUCACAGCCCUAUGACUCUCUCCGAUUCCGGGACCCCACAAAGAGAGACCAUCUGCAAAGUACACCAGGACAGCAGCGAUAAUGAGAAAUCGCAGCAAAAUCAGACCGAUGAUUCGGAUUCAAAAGAUCCCACAAUCAAGAAGAAACAGAGACGCCAACGGACACAUUUCACAAGCCAGCAACUUCAGGAGCUGGAGGCAACUUUUCAAAGAAAUCGGUAUCCCGAUAUGUCAACCAGAGAAGAGAUCGCCGUCUGGACAAACUUAACAGAGGCAAGAGUGAGGGUAUGGUUUAAGAACCGCAGAGCCAAGUGGAGGAAGAGGGAACGCAAUCAACAGGCUGAGUUUUGUAAAAAUGGCUUUGGCGCACAGUUUAACGGACUCAUGCAACCUUACGAUGAUAUGUACUCUGGCUAUUCCUACAACAACUGGGCCACCAAAAGUCUGACGACCAGCCCUCUCUCGGCCAAGAGCUUUCAAUUCUUCAACUCGAUGAACGUUAGCCCCCUAUCCACGCAGCCCAUGUUCUCUCCUCCCAGCUCCAUCUCCUCCAUGACCAUGCCGACCUCUAUGGUCCCUUCGGCUGUGACUGGGGUGCCGGGAACCAGCCUGAAUAAUUUAAGCAAUCUGAAUAACCUCAACGGCCCCUCCCUCAACUCGGCCAUGUCUGCCGGCGCCUGUCCUUACGCAUCGAGUGCCAGCCCUUACAUGUAUCGGGACACCUGUAACUCUAGUCUCGCCAGUCUGAGGCUCAAGGCUAAGCAACACGCCAAUUUCGGUUACCCAGGAGUCCAGAACCAAGUAUCUAACCUAAGUCCGUGUCAAUAUGCUGUGGACAGACCUGUAUGA